ACACGGAUCCCAUAGAACACGCAUUGACCGAGGAAAUUUUCUGCAAAAUUUAACGGCAGAAAAAUUUCACGUCCCCCCUCUCCCAAUUGACAAUGGAGAAGAAUAUUUUUUGAAUCUCCAUCGUCACCGCAGAGAUUCCUAUAUAUGUUGAACCUUGUUGUCUGGUUCAUUUUCAGUUAUUCAACUAAAACUGUAAUGGCCUCAAAUCGGCCACAUUUUAUCUUCAUACCUUUUAUGGCCCAAGGCCACCUUAUUCCUCUCAUAGACAUAGCCAAAUUGUUUGCAAAGCACAAUGCACUUGUCACCAUAAUUGCCACACCUUCAAGUCUUGCCCGUUCUGGUCCUACAAUCAACCGUGCCAUUGAAUCUGGGCUGCCUAUCCACGUUUUGCAAGUCCGGUUCCCUUCAACAGAGGCCGGUUUGCCAGAGGGAUGUGACUUUGCAGACACAAUUCCUUCUCCGACUCUUGUGGAGAACUUCUACACUGCAGUAGCAAUGAUGCAACAACCAGUGGAGAAGCUGUUUUCAGAGCUAAAACCGCAUCCAAACUGCAUAAUAUAUGAUAGGAAUUUCACAUGGAUAGUAGAUAUAGCCUCCAAGUUUCAGAUUCCAAGGAUAUCAUUUGAUGGGAAGAAUUGCUUUACUCUCUUAUGCUCUCAUGCUUUAAACAUUUCCAAGGUCCAUGAGAACGUGUCUGAAACAGAACACUUUGUGGUGCCAGGAUUGCCAAACAGAAUUGAAUUCACCAAAGGUCAGCUACCCAGCAGCAUCAAUCCUCGUAACAACUCAAGUAUGAACGGAGUCGUUCAAAAGAAAUUACUAGCAGCAGAAGGAGGAGGAUAUGGAGUGCUACUUAACACUUUUGAAGAAUUGGAAGCAGAAUAUGUCAAAACAUACAGGGAGGUUGAAGAUCGCAAAAUAUGGUGUGUUGGCUCUGCAUCCCUAUGCAACAAAGAGAAGUCAGAUAAAGCUGAAAGAGGUAACAAGUCCUCUAUUGAUGAAAAUCAAUGUUUGAAGUGGCUUGAUUCACAGGCACCAAACUCUGUCAUUUAUGCUUGUUUUGGAAGCCUCAAUAGGCUUACAGCUCCACAACUGAUAGAGCUUGGCACAGCCUUGGAAGCAACAAACAGGCCAUUCAUCUGGGUUUUAAGAGGAGCGGAUGAAAAAGAAGAAAUGGAGAAAUGGUUCUUAGAAGAUGGAUUUGAGGCGAGGACAAGAGGGAGAGGCCUCUUGAUCCGUGGAUGGGCGCCUCAACUUCUAAUCUUAUCCCACCCAGCAGUUGGAGGGUUCUUAACACACUGUGGCUGGAAUUCUACACUCGAAGGCAUCUGUGCUGGUUUGCCAAUGAUAACAUGGCCUCUGUUUGCUGAUCAAUUUUUCAAUGAGAAACUAGUAGUACAAGUCCUGAAAAUAGGUGUUGGGGUAGGGGCAAAAGCUAGGUUGCGCUGUUGGGGGGAAGGGGAUUCUGGGCUGCUGGUGAAGAGCGAAGACAUCAAGAAGGCUGUGGACAUGGUAAUGGAUGAAGGAGAUGAAGGACAAGAGAGAAGAAAGAAAUCAAGACAGCUUGCAGACAUGGCAAAGAAGGCCCUAGAAAAAGGAGGAUCUUCUUACCUCAACAUUUCCCUGCUAAUUGAAGAUAUCAAGCAACAAGCCAUAAGCAAUCCAAUUCAGAACAACCAUCGACAGAGCAGUGGAAGCUGGGCUCCGGAUUAAUCUUCUGGAAGUCCCGUUUCCGUCUUCCGAGGCGGGGCUUCCUGAGGGAUGUGAGGGCACGGAUGCUCUCCCUUCACAAGUUUUGAUGAAAAACCUCCUGCUUGGCAUUCAGCUGCUCCAACAGCCUGUCGAGCAACUGUUCGACGAAAUACAACCUCGCUAGAGUUGCAUAAUUGCGGUACAAGAGUUGUGUGGAGUCUCCAUGCCGGUGACUGUUAGAAAUUUUAUGUGGAUUUCUUUAAUUGUAUUUUAGUUUUUCUUAAAAUGGGUCAAAUGAAAAAAAUAGAUAAAACCUAAUAAAGUUAGGUGAUCUAAAUGGAUUUAUGUUUUAUCUUAAUUUUAUAUGAUGUGAUAUAAAUGGGUGUAGAGCUU